UCCGGAGUGUUCGCGCCAACGCCGCCAUUGUCUACAAAUGUGUAUAGGUUAUGUGCUGCGGUGCUUGAAACACGAAUAGCAGUGCGGGCAGGGAGAACAAAAGGAGGCAGGCGUCGCCGUCGCCGCCGCCGCCCGACGCCAUUGUUGCAGCUUACAGCCAGUGUGGUACAAUUGAAAUACGAAAAUGGCGCUCUUCAAGAAGCCGAAGAAGAAUAUCAGCCGUCGAGUAUUCGGCACCGACGAGAAUGCUGACGAGAGUGAAACUACCCCAGCUCCUGGGACCAGCACAGAGCAGGAACCAUCGCCUCCAGUGGUGCCUGUGGAGGCGAAACCUACCAAGAAGAAGGAGAAGAAGCAGGCCAAACACAACCCCAGCGUCCUCAGCUUCGAGGAAGACCUCAACGAGGGCGAAGAAGUGUUCCAAGUGAAGAAGUCGUCACAGAGUAAAAAACUGAGCAGGAUGCUGAAUAACGAAAGGAAAAAGAAAAAGGAAGGGAAGAAGCAAGAAACGGAGGAGAAACCAGACACAACAGAUGCGACAGAGACCGUCAUACCGGGUGACGCCAACGAACUCAAAAUAGUUGUUAAACAGACUCACAAGCCUGUGAUCCUAAGUGGUCGCGAAGCGGAAAUGGCCUUCUGCGAUAUUAGUUCAGAAGAGGAGGAGGAGGAAGAGGAACGCGAGAGAGAGAGGUCUAAGUUUCCAGACGCGGACAACGUCAAGCUGUUGCUGCAAUGCGGGAAAAUACCCGACGCAGCUGCUAUUCAUGCGGCGAGGAAGCGGCGCCAGCUAGCCAGGCAGAUGGGAGAAGACUUCAUUCCCGUGGCGACCACAGAGUCUAGUUCCUCGAAACUGAAGCUCUCUGACGACAACGACACGAGCGAUGAGGAGAGAAUCAAAAUGGAAGUAAAGACUCAAGUUUCGGAGAAAGAGAACAGGUUGGAAGUAUUCACGGCAGCUAGGGAGAAUCCGGGAAACAAAGAAGACGACGACGAAUGGGAAUCUCAGCAGCUGAAGAAAGGAGUAUCCAGAGGUCAGAUAGAGGCUAUGCGGUCCGAAACGACAAUGGCGAGCAUGUAUUACGCACAGCCGUAUAUGCCAAUGGCCAGUGAAAGAUUCGUGGGCACCGAAGUGUCUAACAUGUCUGCGGAGUCUGGCGAUUACACGGCUUCACCGUUCCCACCGCCGAUAGAGCCCCCGGAGACAGUAGUCAACAGGUUGCGCGAGAGAUUGGCGCAGAUGAAGCAGCAGCACGACGUGGACAAUCAGCUCCUUCAGCAGACUUGCGAGCAGAUAGAGAUGAACGAGAAGAAUCGCGAGUCGUGCGAAAGGGAGCGGCCCGACUUGGUCAACAGACUGCAGUUCUACCAGAAGCUGCAUUACUACGUGCUGAACCUGAUCGAGUGCCUGGACGAGAAGGUGUUCAUCAUAUCGAACCUGGAGCAGCGCUUCCUGGAGGUGCUGCGGGGCCGCGCCGAGUUGCUGAUGGAGCGCCGCCGGCAGGACAUCCGCGACGAGUGCGACGAGGUGGCGUCGGCCGCGAGGAACGUGAAGCGCGCCGGCCCCGAGGACGAGGCGCGCACGCGCAGGGCGGCGGAGCGCGAGGGCCGCCGCGCGCGCCGCCGCAGGGCGCGCACCCCGGCCGCCGCGGCCGCGCACGUCGACGGCAUGUCCAGCGACGACGAGGUCACCGAGCUGGAGGCGGCCGCCUUCAGGCGCAAGCUCGCCACCAUCGAGUCCGACGCCGACCUCGUCCUCGACGACGUCGUCGAGGAGUUCUCCUCUCUGCGCAGCAUCAAGUCGCGCUUCGAGGACUGGCGCUCCGUCCAUCCGGACGACUACCGGGAGGCCUAUGUCAGCCUGUGCCUGCCCAAAAUCUUCGACCCUGUGAUCCGGCUCAGGAUGCUGACGUGGAACCCGCUGCAAGAGACCACGGUCGAGAUGGAGCAGUACGAAUGGUACGCGACGCUGCUGCUGUACGGCCUCACCGAGUCGGAAACGGAGAUGUCCCUGAGGGAGGACCCGGACGCGCAGCUGGUGCCCAAAGUGAUGGAGCGCGUGAUAGUGCCGAAGCUGCGCGCGCUGGUGGAGGCCGCCUGGGACCCGCUGUCAACUUCGCAGACGUUGCGCUUGGUAGGUUUGCUCCGCAAACUGCUGCGGGCGUACCCGUCACUGACCGAGGACAGCAAGCCGCUGCAGCAGCUGCUGCAGACCGCCCUCGACAAGAUGAAGUCUGCGGUGGCCAACGACGUGUUUAUCCCGUUGGUGCCACCCAACGUGUCUCGCGGCGUCUACGCUGAGGCGUGGACACCUUUUUUCCAGCGGCAGUUCGGGUCAGCGCUCAAGCUGCUGAGGAACGCACUCACGUGGCACGGCAUUCUUGGGGAACGAGUGCUGCAGGAGGUGUCGGUGACGAUGCUGCUGAACCGGUACCUGCUGACGGCGCUGCGCGCGUGCACGCCGGCAGACGCGGCGCGCAAAAGCGCCUCCAUCGUGGCGACGUUCCCGCGCGCCUGGUUCCACGAGGAGGGCGAGCGGCCGCCGCUGCAGAUGUUCGUGCAGCAGGUGCGCGCCACGGCGCUGCGCCUGCAGGACGAGCCGGCCGCGGCGGCGCGCGAGCCGCUCGAGAUCAUCGCCAACAUCCUGCGCCAGUUCCAGCCCGCGCCCCUCUCCGUCGUCGCCACCGCCGCCGCUGCCGACGCCUGAGCCGAUGCGCUUGCGGCGCCCUUUUGGUUUCGUUUCACUCCAGUAGCUCAACUCACAAUAGUACAGCGGGUGUGGAAUGUACAGGUUGGGGAGAUAGCGGAUUGCUUAAUCACAUUCUGGUACAGUAUUAAUAUUGGUUAAUUUUGGGGGCGAGAAAGCGGGCAAGGAGAUCUACCGUUGUUGUUACAGCUUUUAUGUGUGUAAACCUGUAAUUAUUAUUAUUAUUACUUGAAAUAAAGUGCAGUUUUGACAUC